UGGGCCCUGGCGGGCGCCGCGGAACCCGAGCUCGCGCGAGCCGGUGGAGCGGAGCGUGGGGAAGGCGGGACACGGGGCGGGGCCGCUGCAGGGGCGGGGUCUCCAGCCUGGCGGGUGGGGGGCGGGGACCCCCCAGUCCCCCCGAACCCCGCCUGCCCCGGCGGCGACACGGCCAUGAAGCUGAAGCUGAAGAACGUGUUUCUCGCCUACUUCCUGGUGUCGAUCGCCGGCCUCCUCUACGCGCUGGUGCAGCUCGGUCAGCCAUGUGACUGCCUCCCUCCCCUGCGCGCAGCCGCAGAGCAGCUUCGGCAGAAGGAUCUGAGGAUUUCCCAGCUGCAAGCCGAUCUCCGCCGUCCACCCCCUGCCCCUGCCCAGCCCCCUGAACCUGAGGCCCUGCCUACUAUCUAUGUUGUUACCCCCACCUACGCCAGGCUGGUGCAGAAAGCGGAGCUGGUGCGGCUGUCCCAGACACUGAGCCUGGUGCCCCGGCUGCAUUGGCUGCUGGUGGAGGAUGCCGAGGGCCCCACCCCGCUGGUCUCCCGGCUGCUGGCUGCCUCGGGCCUCCUCUUCACACACCUGGCGGUCCUCACCCCCAAGGCCCAGCGGCUCAGGGAGGGUGAGCCCGGCUGGGUUCGGCCCCGUGGUGUAGAGCAACGGAACAGGGCCCUGGACUGGCUGCGGAGCGGAGGGGGCGCUGUGGGGGGAGAGAAGGACCCCCCUCCAGCCGGCUCGCGGGGGGUUGUGUACUUUGCAGAUGAUGACAACACCUACAGCCGGGAACUCUUUGAGGAGAUGCGCUGGACCCGUGGUGUCUCAGUGUGGCCCGUGGGGCUGGUGGGCGGCCUGCGAUUUGAGGGCCCUCGGGUACAGGAUGGCCGGGUUGUGGGCUUCCACACAGCAUGGGAGCCCAGCAGGCCCUUCCCAGUGGAUAUGGCAGGAUUUGCUGUUGCCCUGCCCUUGCUGUUGGCUAAGCCCAGUGCCCAGUUUGACGCCACUGCUCCCCGGGGCCACCUGGAGAGCAGUCUCCUGAGCCACCUCGUGGAUCCCAAGGACCUGGAGCCACGGGCAGCUAACUGCACUCGGGUUCUGGUGUGGCACACGCGGACAGAGAAGCCCAAGAUGAAGCAGGAAGAGCAGCUACAGCGGCAGGGCCGAGGCUCAGACCCAGCCGUUGAGGUGUGAUGGCAGCCCCACCCUGACUACCACCGCGCCAGGCACGAACCUGGGGGACUGGGCCCCUGGCCUGCCCAGGAUGCAGUUUUCCAAAUCCUGACCCCUCAGAGCCAGGGGCGGCCCCUCUGCCCCCUCAGCCCCAGGGCGUGGCCCAGCUGCAUCUCCCCUCCCCCAGCCUGCCAUGUGGCACUGGCCCACGGGGGGGGGGGGGGGGGGGGGGGGGGACAAGCGGCCCUUGUGUUGAGCCAGGUCAGCCCCGUCUGGGGCGGAGCAGAAGGACGGACACUCAGGAGGGAGGGCUGCUGAGCAACUGGGUAACUUAUUGGGGCUGGGCAUGCACUGGGGGGCUGGAGGAGCUGGGCUGGACCCUCCCCACCUGAGCAUGCGGACCCCCCGUCCUACCUCCAGAAUAAAAGAUCUCAAG